UUUUUCCCACAUCACUUGAAAUGGUGGGGUGCACAACUCCGUCAUCACACUCCUGUCAGGUCCACAGUGUUGCUGCCUGCGUCAGUCUGGCUCCACGUUCAACACCUGUGGGAGGGAAGGACGUCAGGUGAAUUUCUAAGGAGCAAUAAGGUCCAACAACCACAAGAGGGAGUGCCAACUCGAUACAUCAUGUUGCUCCGUGAGAAGUUGAUCGAGAGAAAAAUGUUUUUAAAAUUCGAUGCAAAUUGAUUAGUACGACCAUCGAGGCACUUCUGUGACUUAAUGUUCCAAACACUGGUGUGUUCGAUGUCCCUCAAAACUCACUUCAAACCCGCACAUGUGCCUACAAUAAUCACCAUCGUGUUUUAUGUGGCUGGUCUUACUGCUUGUUUUUCUACAAGCUGACUUUUGAGCCCUGACCUUUACACUUGCUUGGUCAACUCAAUAUUUUGGUUUAUUUUUGCAAGCUAAUACAUAUCAGGUAAUAAGAAUGACGUGACAGUACAUGCGUAUGCGCCUAAAUUUUUAGGCGCAUACGCAUGUAUGUUUGAAUAACCUAAUAUAUGAUGUGGCUCCAUGUGGAAUUUAAUGACCCUGCCCCGUAUGGUGUAUAUAUCUGUCUCUUCAAGUCACUGAGGAUUUACAUGAGAGUCGAGUCACAGAUCAGAAAAUACAUGGAAGUGACCAAAAGCGCUGUUGAACACUGAACUCUGAACGUUGUAUCAACAUUUGGAUUUGGGUACUUUACACUUGGGAGAAUGUGUUCAACCGUUCCUUUAUGAAUAUUAUGACUUUAUAAUAGCAGAAAAAGAGGUCUUCACUCGGGCAUCUUGGUUCGUUGUUACGAACCAAAGCUUGCUUUUGUGACCAUGAUUAGAAGUGACAACGAUUUGACGUGCAUGAGCCAUGCUAUGAACGAUAAACACCAACUGUCAGCCUUUAAGAAAACGGCAGACACACGGAACAAGCGGACGGUGGACUCACUGUUAUGGGUUAUAGGAAGGAGCAGACUUUCUGCGGUCUGAACGGGUUGUUGCUGGACGACAUCCCGGUGAGCAGAGGGUCAUGCUGGGCGUUCUGGAGACAGUAUUGCUGCAGGUCGGCAGCGGCUUGCGACACCUGAGGGACACGAAGGCGCCUGAGUUCGGGACCGAGCGAAGAGAAACGCCCUUAAUUCUUGACUGUGUUGCUGGACUGCUGCAAUGGAAGUGUCGUGCGAGUCUCUCAGCUUUGCAGAGGACAGAAGACCCAACAGCUGUAAGUUUGUGGAGCUCCAUGUGCUGUAUGUGCCAGAGGACCAGUGGAACAUGAGACUAAACAAGGUCCCAUCUGAAGCCAUUGACGGCUUCGUCUCUACUGGCUUCAUCAGAGUUCACCCGGACCUCACCCUGAAAUCUCUGAGGAACGAACUGGCAUGUCUCCUUGGAGCAGAGAGAAACAUCGACAAGUUCUCCUUCCUGAAGUGUUUGGGCCGCAGUUUGGCUUUGGUGAAGAGCAGCCAGGAGCGGGACCUGAAAGUCAAAACAUUUGCUCCGCCAUAUGCUCCACAGCCAGAACUCUACCUGCUGCCCAAGGUGGAGAACGACAGCAGCUUUUGCUCUGAGUCCCUCAGUGCUGAGACCAGCAGCAGCUCCCCGGACCACCACCACCACCACUACUACCCGCCUAAAACCUGGAAUCUGCCAGCAGAGACAAAGGAGCGUCUUAAAUUCCCUCGGCUACCUCAGUAUGCCCCACACACAGCUGCGACUCCGAGCCUGGGACAAGAAGAGGAAGAGGAGAGGGAAGGCGAGCAGACCUUCAGCUCCUCUGAUUCAGAUGAUGACCAUGAAGCAGCCUCCUCUCACAAGUCUGAGUGGGACCAGAAGGAGAGCUGCUGCAGAAACCCACACAGUCACAGAGCAGACCUUCACCAGAACACAGCUCCAACCAAGAGCUCUCUGGAGGAGGAAGGAUGGAGCAGGAAGGGGGCGCAGAGACAAGCUGGAGCUACCAGACAUGUUGCAGUAUCUGAGCUACAGGAGGAGAGAAGACCAGAGCUCUCCGCUGCAGCCGGGUUGACGAAGCCUCCAGAAGCUUGUGAGUCCACCAGCCGGAGCAAAGAGACCAACUCGGCGACGCAGAGUCCAGCUGUGUUGUCUCGGCCCGUCCGCUGCACAUCUCCUCCUCCAGGACUAGAACCUGAGACCACCAAACCCGGACCACCCAUCUUCUUCAAGAGCAGGGAGGAGGUGAUAGAGGAGAUGAGACUGGUGAGGGAGGAGAGGAAGCAGCUGGAGUGGAAGAGGCAGGAGCUGCUGAGAAAGGGGAAGGACUUGUUGGCCCAGAACAGACACAGACGCAACCAAGCACGUGACAGCUGGAAGAAGAAAUACUUUGAGACUAAAAAGGCCACUGCACCUCUGGAGGAGACCCUGAGGAGUCUUCGGCAAGAGUUGGAGACCUUCUACAACAAGCUCCUCCACCAGCUCCAGGCCAGGGACCACAGAGGCAAGCCCAGGAAGCAGGGCAGAUCUUCUGCCAAGAACGAGCUCAUCAUUCAGAUCAUGACCGAGAGCCACGAGAUCGACGACCUGAAGAGAAAAGUGGACGACGCCAAAAUGAAGCUGGUGACGGAGGUGAAGCUGAGGAAGCAGGCUGCCACGGAGUUGCGGGCACUGAAGGCGGAGCUGGCCCAGAAGAAGAGCCAGUCCUCUCAUCCUGGUCUCCUUGGAGGAGCUGGAAACAAGCCCCCAGUUCAAAGCAGCUCCCGCUGAGAGCCUCUACUCAAGGCUUGACAGGAUGAAAGUCAGAAGUGAUGACAAUGGAACGAUAAAAUAAUAAAAAAUAAUUGGAGUAAG